CACCUCUUCACCAUUGGCAUUCACCGGAACGAGCUGCUUCAGCUUCUGCCGCAUCCUCUCGAGUUUCCUUUUCAAUAGAGAUACCCGGUGGAUUCAUUCACAUAGAGAGCUUUGAUUAGCUCUUCCUACGGCACCCGAAUCUUCUACUCUACCUCCCGCAUCUCGCCAUCACGACCGCGACUUUUUGCCCAACAUGCGUCCCGAAGUCGAGCAAGAGCUUGCACACACACUCCUCGUGGAGCUUCUUGCAUAUCAGUUCGCCUCUCCCGUGAGAUGGAUUGAGACGCAAGAUGUUUUCCUCGGUGAGAAGACAGCCGAGCGAAUCGUCGAAAUCGGUCCUGCGGAUACACUAGGGGUCAUGGCAAAGCGAACGUUGGCAUCCAAGUACGAGGCAUACGACGCUGCCAAAUCCGUUCAAAGACAAAUUCUCUGCUACAACAAGGACGCAAAGGAGAUCUACUACGAUGUUGAUCCUGUUGAGGACGAGCCGGAGCCCGCAGCCGCAACCGCUGAGAGCUCCAGCUCUGCACCAGCGGCCGCUGCUGCUUCGGCCGCUGCCCCUGCUGCUGCCCCAGCUCCCGGUGCAGGUCCAGCUGCAGCCGUUCCAGAUGCCCCUGUGGCCGCUUCGGACAUUGUGAGAGCUCUCAUUGCUCAGAAGCUGAAGAAACCUUUCUCGGAGAUUCCUCUCAGCAAAGCCAUCAAGGACUUGGUUGGUGGCAAAUCCACUCUGCAGAACGAAAUCUUGGGUGAUUUAGGAAAGGAGUUCGGUUCCACACCAGAAAAGCCUGAGGACAUACCCCUAGACGAGCUCGGUUCUGUUAUGCAGGCUACCUUCAAUGGUCAGCUCGGAAAGCAGUCACAGUCGCUCAUUGCCCGUUUGGUAUCCUCGAAAAUGCCCGGUGGCUUCAAUAUCACAUCAGCUCGCAAGUACCUGGAGACUAGGUGGGGUCUUGGCGCUGGCAGGCAAGACGGCGCCCUGCUACUUGCUAUCACAAUGGAGCCGCCGGCCCGUUUGGGUUCUGAGAACGACGCAAAGGCUUUCCUAGACGACGUGGCUCAAAAAUAUGCCAGCAACGCCGGAAUCAGCUUGUCUACAGCCGCUGCUGCAGGUCCCGCUGCAGGUGGCGGCGGUGGCAUGAUGAUGGAUCCUGCUGCCAUUGACGCCCUCACAAAGGACCAGCGUGUUCUCUUCAAGCAGCAACUUGAGCUUUUGGCGAGAUAUCUCAAGAUUGACCUGCGCUCAGGCGAGAAGGCCGCUCAAACUACACAAGAAUCUGAAAAGGUGCUGCAGGCUCAACUGGAUCUUUGGGCUGCUGAGCAUGGUGAUUUCUACGCGUCUGGCAUUGAGCCUGUCUUCAGCCCCCUGAAAGCUCGUACAUACGAUUCGUCGUGGAACUGGGCGCGCCAGGAUGCUCUCAGCAUGUACUACGAUGUCAUUUUCGGUAGACUUCAGGUCGUCGACCGUGAAAUUGUCAGUCAAUGUAUCCGCAUUAUGACAAAGUCAAAUCCGCUCCUUUUGGAGUUCAUGCAGUACCAUAUCGACAACUGCCCGACCGAGCGUGGCGAGACCUACAAGCUUGCCAAGCAGCUUGGUGAGCAGUUGAUUGAGAACUGCAAGGAGGUCAUGAAUGUUGCACCUGUAUACAAGGAUGUCAACGUUCCUACUGGUCCUCACACUACUGUCGACAACCAGGGCAAUAUCAAGUACGAAGAAGUCCCACGACAGAGCUGCCGCAAGCUUGAGCAUUACGUCAAGCAGAUGGCUGAGGGUGGUAAGAUUACUGAGUACGGCAACCGUACAAAGGUCAACAACGAUCUUGCACGCCUGGUAAAGCUGAUCAAGGCUCAACACAAUAUGGCUAGACCUACACAAGUUGAGCUCAAGAAGAUUUCUGACAAUGUCCUUCAGUCUUUGGCCAUGAAUGAGAGCUCCAUCUUGCCAAAGGAGAACGGAAAGGCAGGCCUUGUGAAGAAGACUGGUCUUAAGGCAUCUAGUCAGCCCAAGCAGGGCAAGACUGAGUCCAUGCCUUUCCUGCAUCUGAAGAGCUUUGAUGAACUCACCGGCUGGGCUUACGACAAGAAGCUCUCCACCGUCUACCUUGACUGCUUGGAAAUAGCUGCCAGGGAUGGAAUCAGCUAUGAAGGCAAGUAUGUUCUCAUGACUGGUGCUGGUGCUGGUUCCAUUGGUGCCGAGGUUUUGCAGGGUCUGAUCAGUGGUGGCGCCAAGGUUAUCGUUACCACUAGCCGCUUCUCCCGCGAGGUUACGGAGUACUACCAGGCUAUGUAUGCCAAAUAUGGUGCUCGCGGCUCUCAACUCGUUGUCGUUCCUUUCAAUCAAGGUAGCAAGCAAGAUGUCGAGGCACUCGUUGACUACAUCUAUGACCCCAAGAAAGGCUUGGGCUGGGAUCUUGACUACAUCGUCCCAUUUGCUGCCAUCUCUGAGCAAGGCCGCCAAAUCGAUGGCAUUGACUCCAAGUCUGAGCUCGCUCACCGUAUCAUGUUGACCAACCUUCUCCGUCUCCUCGGAGGCGUCAAGAGCCAGAAGUCCGAGCGCGGCUUCGAGACUCGCCCUGCCCAGGUCGUCCUGCCGUUGUCGCCUAAUCAUGGUACUUUUGGCAGCGAUGGUCUGUACUCAGAGUCCAAGCUUGGUCUCGAGACUCUCUUCAACAGAUGGCGAUCUGAGGACUGGGGCAGCUACCUUACCAUUUGCGGUGCUGUCAUUGGCUGGACCCGUGGCACUGGCCUCAUGUCUGGCAACAACGUUGUCGCCGAGAGCGUUGAGCAGGAAGGUGCCCGCACCUUCUCGCAGCAAGAGAUGGCUUUCAACUUGCUCGGUCUCAUGUCACCUGAUAUUGUCGAUCUCUGCCAGAGCCAGCCUGUCUUUGCUGAUCUCAAUGGUGGUCUCCAAUUCAUCAAGAAACUGAACAAGUUAAUGUCUAAGGAGCGUGCAAACAUCACUGGAAGCAGUGAAAUCCGCCGUGCGGUUACCAAGGAGACUGCCAUCGAGAACAAGAUUGUCAACGGCGAGGAGAGCGAGGCUCUCUACAAGAGGAAGGUGGUCGAGCCCCGUGCAAACAUCAAGUUUGAUUUCCCAACACUGCCAGACUGGAAGUCCGAGGUUGAGCCACUCAACGAAAACCUCAAGGGCAUGGUCGAUCUUGACAAGGUUGUCGUUAUCACUGGCUUCGCCGAGGUUGGUCCCUGGGGUAACUCUAGAACUCGUUGGGAGAUGGAAGCGAAUGGGGAGUUUUCGCUGGAAGGUUGUGUUGAAAUGGCCUGGAUCAUGGGUCUUAUCAAGAAUCACAACGGCCCUAUCAAGGGUCAGCCUUACUCUGGAUGGGUCGAUGCCAAGUCCGGCGAGCCCGUCGAUGACAAGGACAUCAAGACCAAGUACGAAAAGCAGAUCUUGGAGCACUCGGGUAUCCGUUUGAUCGAGCCCGAGCUCUUCGAUGGGUAUGACCCCAACAACAAGGAGCUCCUUCACGAAGUCGUCAUCGAGGAGGAUCUCGAGCCUUUCGAGGCUUCCAAGGAGACUGCUGAAGAGUUCAGACGCCAGCAUGGUGUCAAGGCCGAGAUUUUCGAGAUUCCCGAGAGCGGCGAGUACACCGUGCGCAUGAAGAAGGGUGCGUCCCUUUGGAUCCCCAAGGCUUUGAGAUUUGACCGCCUUGUUGCCGGACAAAUUCCUACCGGCUGGGAUGCCAAGAAGUACGGUGUGCCUGAAGACAUCAUUUCCCAGGUCGACCCUGUCACCCUUUUCGUGCUUGUCUCAGUUGCUGAAGCCCUGCUCUCUUCAGGUAUCACUGAUCCUUAUGAGUUCUACAAGUAUGUCCACGUUUCUGAGGUCGGCAACUGCAUCGGUUCUGGUAUGGGUGGAGCUGGUGCUCUACGUGGUAUGCACCGUGACCGUUUCUUGGACAAGCCGGUCCAAAACGACAUUCUUCAGGAAUCCUUCAUCAACACUAUGGCUGCUUGGGUGAACAUGUUGCUGCUGUCUUCCUCUGGUCCCAUCAAGACUCCUGUCGGUGCUUGUGCCACUGCUGUUGAGUCGGUCGAUAUCGGAUAUGAAACUAUCAUGGAGGGUAAGGCCCGUGUCUGCCUUGUCGGCGGUUUCGAUGACUUCGGCGAGGAAGGUUCGUACGAGUUCGCCAAUAUGAAGGCCACCAGCAAUGCUGUUGAUGAGUUUGCCCAUGGCCGCACGCCCCAAGAGAUGUCGCGUCCUACUACUACCACCCGUAACGGCUUCAUGGAGUCGCAGGGUUCCGGUGUCCAGAUCAUUAUGACUGCCAAGCUUGCUCUUGACAUGGGUGUGCCCAUCCACGGUAUUCUUGCUCUUACCACAACCGCUAGCGACAAGAUCGGACGAUCAGUCCCGGCCCCUGGCCAAGGUGUCCUCACGACUGCUCGCGAGACUCGUGGCAAGUUCCCUUCACCUCUGCUGGAUAUCAAGUACCGUCGUCGCCAGAUCGAGCUUCGCAAAAAGCAAAUUCGCAACUGGAAGGAGUCUGAGCUUGAAUAUCUGCACGAAGAGAUCGCUGCAAUCAAGUCGCAGAGUGAUGACUUCAACGAGAACGAGUACACUGCCGACCGUGUGGCUCACGUUGAGAAGGAGGCUAUUCGUCAGGAAAAGGAAGCUCUUCGCAGCUUCGGUAACAACUUUUGGAAGCAGGAUACCAGCAUUGCUCCCCUACGUGGCGCACUUGCUACUUGGGGUCUUACUAUUGAUGAUCUUGGUGUUGCUUCAUUCCACGGUACUUCCACCAAAGCUAACGACAAGAAUGAAUCUUCUGUCAUCUGCCAGCAACUACGCCACCUCGGCCGCACCAAGGGUAACGCCGUUCUUGGUAUUUUCCAGAAGUACCUCACUGGUCACCCUAAGGGUGCUGCUGGUGCCUGGAUGCUGAACGGUUGUUUGCAGGUCCUCAACACUGGCUUGGUGCCUGGUAACCGCAACGCUGACAAUAUCGACACCGUCAUGGAACAGUUCGAUAUGAUUGUCUAUCCUAGUCGAAGCAUCCAGACUGAUGGCGUGAAGGCCUUUUCCGUCACCUCGUUCGGUUUCGGUCAAAAGGGUGCUCAAGCCAUUGGUAUCCACCCCAAGUACCUGUAUGCCACUCUCGACGAAGAUACCUUCAAGGCAUACGCCAGCAAGGUUGCCGCUCGUCAAAAGAAGUCUUACCGGUACUUCCACAAUGGUCUGAUCAACAACGCCUUGUUCCAGGCCAAGGCAAGCGCCCCAUACAGCGAUGAGCAGCUCAGCUCUGUCCUGCUCAACCCCGAGGCUCGCGUCACUGAGGACAAGAAGACUGCUGGUCUCACCUACCCUGCCGAUUUUGCCAAGCGCGCCGCCGCUGUUCAAGCACCGAAGGCUAACAGCACUAAAUCGUCUAUUGAGGCCCUUGCUCGAAGUUUGGAAUCAAGUAAGAACAAGGUUGGUGUUGAUGUUGAAGACAUCUCAGCCAUCAACAUUGAGAACGAUACCUUUGUCGAGCGCAACUAUACCGAGAAAGAGAUUGCGUACUGCCGCAAGAUGCCUAGUCCCCAAAGCUCCUUUGCCGGCCGCUGGAGUGCCAAAGAAGCCGUUUUCAAGAGCCUUGGAGUGAAGAGCCUAGGUGGAGGUGCAGCCUUGAAGGACAUUGAAGUCCUUUCUGAUGAAAAUGGUGCGCCCAUUGUCAGUGUGAGUUUUCGUCAUUUUGCAUUAUUUUGCCCUCAACCGCCACUAACAAGACUUUAGCUAUACGGUGCUGCUGCCGAUGCCGCCAAGAAGGCGGGUGUCAAGGAGAUCAGUGUGUCCAUCUCACACUCCGAGUUGCAAGCGAUUGCCAUCGCCGUGUCCUCAUUCUAA